AUGGGAGGAUUCACGCCUCCAAUCCCGCAGGACGACAGCAACUGGGAGAUCCGCGUGGCGGUGCUGCUCAGCCUCUUCCUCCAGAUGAUCCUCAUCUUCGUCGGCCCCGUCCGCAAGCGCUCCUCCUCCCCCGUCCCCCGCUUCCUCGUCUGGGCAUGCUACCUCCUCGCCGACUGGGUCGCCGACCUCGCCCUCGGCCUCCUCCUCAACAACAUGGGCAACAUCGGCGGCUCCCAGUCCACCUCCUCCUCCACCAUCACCCAGCACGCCACCGGCCUCAAGCGCGGUUCCCCCACCAACGCCGACGCCGGCAACAGCAGCCCCAUCAUCUUCGCCUUCUGGACGCCCUUCCUGCUGCUCCACCUGGGCGGCCCCGACACCAUCACCGCCUACUCCCUCGAGGACAACGAGCUGUGGCUCCGCCACCUCAUCGGCCUCCUCUUCGAGCUCUUCUCCGCCUCCGUCAUCUUCUUCUGCUCCCUCAAGGGCAACCCCAUGAUCCCCGCCACCGUCCUCAUGUUCGUCGUCGGCAUCAUCAAGUACGGUGAGCGCACCUACUCGCUCUACUCCGGCAGCGUCGACGGCUUCCGGGAGAACAUCCUCGACCCUCCUGACCCGGGCCCAAACUACGCCAAGCUCAUGACCGAGUUCGACGCCAAGGAGCAGGCCGGACUGGUCGUCGAUAUCGUGUUCGCCGGCGCUGACGACGAGGCCAAGAAAGCCCUGGCGGACCUUGAGGAAGGCGAGGCCGCGCGACUCGUGAAUAAUCGCAGCAAGAGCCUUGAGUCGCAGGCGUUCGACUUCUUCCUCAUCUUCCGCCGCCUCUUCGUCAACCUCAUCCUAAGCUACAAGGAGCGCAAGAUCAGCCAAGCCUACUUCCUCGAUCGCGAGGACGUGACCAACUCGCCGGCCAAGGCGUUCCAGGUCAUCGAGGUGGAGCUCAACUUCAUCUACGACAUGGUGUACACCAAGGCCCCCGUCGCCCACAGCAGGGCCGGCUGCGUCCUCCGCUUCCUCGCCUCCGCCUGCCUCGUCUCCUCCCUCCUCAUCUUCUUCUUCCACGGCGACAAGGGCAGCUUCAUGCACGUCGACAUCGCCAUCACCUAUGCGCUGCUCCUGGGCGGGAUAGCACUCGACGGCGUCGCGCUCGCCAUGCUCCUGUCCUCUCACCGGAUGCUCGUCCUCCUCGAGAAGACACGGUGGCUGGAGUGGCUCUCGCGCGCCGUCAGGUCCGUGCGGCCACGGCUGCGGCGCUGGUCAGAGAGGACCUCGCAGCUGAACCUCGUGAGCUAUUGCCUGGGCAAGCCGGACUCUGCCAGCAGCGGCCUCCGCGGCUGUUUGGGCGGCCCGCGGAUGGCCCGGGCGCUCGCCAGGGUCGCGGAGACGCUGCACGUCCGGGAGAUCUUUGACGAUUUCUUCUUCAUCCGGCGCGAGCGCCUCAGCUGCUCGGGUCAGGAGAAGGGACCCCUACUUGAUUUUGUGUUUGGUAGGCUCAAGGAGAGGGCCACCGAAGCCAAGGCCAUCAAAGACACAACGGCGGCGUGCAGCUGCCGCGGCGAGGGAGUCCUUGAGAAGCUUCGUACUCAGAUCAUGGAGAACCUGAAGAAAGCAACACCAGAAGCCGCAGGUGCGAAAGAGGAGGAGGUCAUCAGUAACAAGGACAAGGACAAGGACGCAACACCAGAAGCCGCAGGUGCGAAAGAGAAGGAGGCCAUCGGUAACAAGGACAAGGUGGAAGAGAAGUUGCACGUACUUGAGAGCAGCGUGAACAGAGACAGAGAGUUCGACGAGUCACUGCUGCUGUGGCACAUCGCCACGGACCUGUGCUGCUACCCGUUCCAGCAUACAGCGCCGACCAAGGCUACGAGCAACAUGAAGCCAAUCGCCAACACCCUGUCGGAGUACAUGCUAUAUCUUCUGAUCAAGCAGCCGGAGAUGCUGUCCGCGACGGCGGGCAUCGGGCUGCUCCGCUACCGUGACACGUGCGCCGAGGCCAAGCGCUUCUUCGAGUCAGCGGCGGCGUGGGACCCGGACCAUAAGGACGCGCGGAGGAUGCUGCUGAGCGUGAACACGACAGAGAAGCCGUCGGUGGUGAAGGGCGACAGGUGCAAAUCAGUGCUGUUCGACGCCGUCAUCCUGGCCAAGGUGCUGAGGGAGCUGGGUGAUGAUCUCAUGUGGGAGGUGGUGGCGGGGGUGUGGGGGGAGAUGCUCACGUACGCGGCGGGCAAGUGCCGCGGGAGCACGCACGUCCGGCAGCUCAGCCGCGGCGGCGAGCUCAUCACCAUGGUCUGGUUCCUCAUGGCGCACAUGGGCCUCGGCGACAUGUACCGGAUCCACGAGGGAGACGCCAAGGCCAAGCUCAUCGUCCGUGGCCAGUAG